UCUUUAAACGUCCUCUUUACUCACUUUAAAACGCAGUUCUUCAUUGCCGCCGCUGUCUGCGUCCUCAUGACCUGCGGAGCCUUCGCCGAGGAAGCCGCCAAGAAGGAAAAGGUCGAAGGUCGCGGAGGACUUCUGGGCGGUGGUCUUGGAGUCGGCGGCUACGGCGCUGGCGUGGGUCCCGGGCUCGUCGGCGGUGCUCUCGGAGGUGCAGGUAUCGGAGCAGCUGGACUCGGCGGCUACGGCGGAGCUGGUCUCGCUGGCCCGGCAGUGGGUGGCGCCGGCCUCAUUGGCACCGGUGGUCUCGGGCUUGGCACCGGAGGACUCGGCUAUGGUGGUGGUCUCGGCUAUGGUGGCGGCCACCAGUCUGGCUAUGGCUCUUCAGCCGGCGGCCACCAGGGAGGAUUCCAGGGAGGUGCAGCGGGGCACAACCAGGGAACCGCGGGUUUUGGUGGCGGUGCUGCCAAUAGAAACGUGAAUGCCUACAACAGCAACCGGGGGUACAGCCACACCUCGGGAUUCUCGUCCUCUGACGGCAAGACCUUUGGCUCCGGACAAAACCAGGGCUCCACUGGAUUUGGAAAGGGAGCUGCCGUGGCGGAGAUUCACUGCCAACGACUGAUUCUGCCACCUAAGGAGCUCUCUGCCUUUCAUCAGCUCCAAGUUCGGUACAGGACGAGCAUCUCACCAACAAUGAAGUUCUUUGUUGCCGCCGCUGUCUGCGCCCUCAUGACCUGCGGAGCCUUCGCCGAGGAAGCCGCCAAGAAGGAAAAGGUCGAAGGUCGCGGAGGACUCCUGGGUGGUGGUCUUGGAGUCGGCGGCUACGGCGCUGGCGUGGGUCCCGGUCUCGUCGGCGGUGGGCUCGGUGGCGCAGGUAUCGGAGCAGCUGGACUCGGCGGCUACGGCGGAGCUGGUUUCGCCGGCCCAGCAGUGGCCGGAACCGGUCUCAUUGGAACCGGUGGUCUGGGAUACGGCGGUCUUGGAUACGGUGGUCUUGGAUACGGCCGCCUUGGUUACGGUGGACUCGGCUACGGCGGUGGUCUCGGCUAUGGUGGCGGCUACCAGUCCGGCUACGGUUCUUCGGCUGGCGGACACCAGGGAGGAUAUCAGGGUGGCGCUGCCGGACACAACCAGGGAUCUGCUGGUUUCGCUGGUGGUGCUGCCAACAGGCACGUCAACGCUUACAACAACAACCAGGGCUACAGCCACACCUCGGGAUUCUCGGCCUCUGACGCCAAGACCUUCGGCUCCGGACACAAUCAGGGCUCGGCUGGAUUUGGAAAGAGAGCUGCCGGUCACCAGGGAGGUUACGGACAGUCUUCGUUCGGACAAAACGCUGGUUCAGGCUUCGGUGGAGGAUACCUUGGCUAA